CAGCCAAAGAGCCUGACAACUACUAAACACCAUUCGAUAAACCCGAAGAGAGAGAGAGGGAGAUAAAGAAGGAGAAAAAGACUAGAUCGGGAAAAAAUGGCGUCAUGGAUUAAACCGGUGCUAAUCUCUACGGGAGUUGUUGCUGUAGCUAUGCAACUAAAAAUCAUCGUCCCUGUUGUGGCACUAGACUUCUCUCGAGCUCCCAUCCUUUUCAGUUCCUUUCUCUCGUGGCUGAAACCACCAUACCUCUACGUCAUCACCAACGUCAUCAUCGUCAUGAUCGGAUUUUCAUCCAUGUACUACCGGAUCAUCACAAACCCCGACGGCAAAGACCACGAGGGUUCAUACAGCGGCGACCAUAAGUUUCAUAAUCAUGAGCAGAACGUCCACCGAGCUCAACCACGGCGGUCGGAGACGGCGAAGCAUGAAGACUUCAGUUUCGUAGCCGAAACUCAGCCGUCAAAGAAGGAAAAUGAGACCCCGAAGGUGGUUACGGAGAAGCUAGCCGAACCGGCGGCAAAAGUAGAGGAGGAGAAGAAGUGUUUAGUGGUUGUGGCCAAACCGGAAAAUCUGACUCCGGUUGAGAAGCCUCUUGUUUCGGCUAGGAUCGGUCAACGCAAAAUGGUCAAGACCACCACAGCAGAACGAAACUCUUUGAAAGCGUUGAGAGUGGCGAAGCCAAAGCGGCAAGAGACUCUUGAGAAUACGUGGAAGAUGAUAACGGAAGGGAAACCGUUGACUAGCUAUUACCGGAGACCAGACACGUUCGGACUUGGCGUAGAAGAUUCCAACAAGACGAAACCAUUCGGUUUGAAGAAGGCGGAGACGCUUACUGAUCGAACUAAGUACUACCUGUCACCGGCCGUGUCACGGAGUCGAAAUGAGCUGAAUGUAAGAGCUGAGGCGUUUAUAAAAAAGUGCAACGACGAAAGGUUCGAGUCGAUGAGACAGGACACAGAAGUGACUCGUCGUGGUCUUUCGUUUUAGUUAUGGUGUUUGUUUUUGUUUUGUCUAUUCAAAUUUCAAUUUCAUUUUCUUAGACGCUAAUAACAAAAAGGAAAUGGCAAAUGUGGAAAGUCAUGGAUAAACAAAGCACCUUGAUUGGCUUAGUUUGGUUUAGUUGUUAUAUCGCAUUUUUCAUUCACGAAUGUACAGGCAAGGCAUCAAAUAGAUAUUUUUCCUCGUUAAAA